UAAAGCUUGCGAGAAAGUUCAUUCUCUCUCUCUAGCACAAAAGAGAGAGAGAGAGUUCAUUGCGUUUGAUAUCAAAUGCAUCCAUUUACGAUGAAAAUCAUAACCAUGCGUGCAGUUCGUUCGUCAGAUUGUUAUUUAGGUUAGCUCCAAAAGCAUGAAACCCUUCACCACAAAGAAUCAGAAUUCUUUGAUCUCAGUUAAAACUUAAUCCGGUUCAAAAAUAGACGUAACUCUUAUUAGCCCUAAUAGUUCAGUUUCAUAAUCAAACCCUACCCUUCUGUUUGUUCCUUGGGAAAAUCUUUCCUUGUCCCCAUUAUUCCAAGAACCGGCCAAAAGAACCCGUACCGGCGUACUCCCCGAAUAAAAUGUAAGCAAUUUCAAUAAAUAACAAUAAAUUGGAUUUGUUACUUUUCGGGAGGGAAAAACCAUACCCCCCGCUGAGAAGAAUCUCCGGUUGGCGGUCGGUCUGGAUAUGAUCGGCCUCGCCGGCUCUCCAGUUAGGUUAGGUAACCGGAAGUCUCGGUUUUGCCCACCUCAAGACCGGUCCAUAAAGCUUUGACCCCGUUUUAACCGGUCACCCGAUUAAACCGAGCAAAUUAAAAAGUAAACUCAACCGGCUAACAGCUGCCCUAACCGGUUCAUCCGGUUAUACAUUCACGGUUUAUAAACCCCCGACUCUCCUAACUCGGUUCUCUCACCUGCUCUCGACGGCUUUAGAAGAACCCAAAAUAAUUGUUAAUAAGGUUGCUUAAAUGGCUUCGAGUCUGGAACCAAUGCCUAUAACAUCCCAAAAACACGACCCGGCAUGGAAGCAUUGUCAAAUGUUUAAGAAUGGGGAAAGGGUGCAGCUCAAAUGUAUAUAUUGUGGCAAACUGUUUAAGGGUGGCGGGAUUCAUAGGAUCAAGGAACAUCUGGCUGGUCAUAAGGGUAAUGCCUCUACUUGUAUAAGAGUUCCACCUGAUGUUCGGGUCUUAAUGCAAGAGAGUUUAGAUGGGGUUGUGGUGAAGAAGAGGAGGAAGCAGAAAAUUGAGGAGACCAUUUUGAAUGUUAAUCCAAUUUCUAGUGAAAUGGAUGCUGUUGCUAAUCACUGUGAAGAAAGUACCGGGCUUCAGUUGACUGCAGUUUUGGAGACACCUGAACCGAAGUCCAGUUUGUUAGUGAAUCUGGAAGGAACAAGUAAUAGGAGUGGAGAGAGAAGGAAGAGGGAGAGAGGUAAGAAUUCUUUGACAAAUGCGGCAAUUGCUGAUGUUGGAGCUCUUACUGACAGUGUUGCAUUAGGUUCAAAAAGGGUGAAUACUCUUGUUCAUAUGGCAAUAGGACGGUUUUUGUUUGAUAUAGGAGCACCUCUGAAUGCUGUGAACUCGGUUUAUUUCCAACCUAUGAUUGAUGCAAUUGCUUCGGGUGGAUCUGCGGUUUUGCCACCCUCAUAUCAUGAUCUUCGGGGUUGGAUUUUGAAAAAUUCAGUUGAAGAAAUGAAGAAUGAGACUGAGAAGUACAAGGCAACAUGGGCGAGGACAGGUUGUUCUGUUUUGGUCGACCAUUGUUGCACAGAAUCAGGUAGAAAUUUGCUAAGUUUCUUUGUUUAUUGUCCUGAAGGAACAGUGUUUUUGAGAUCCGAGGAUGUAUCUGACAUCUCAAAGUCAUCGGAUGCUUUGUAUGAAUUGUUCAGGCAGGUGGUGGAAGAAGUUGGAGUAAAAAAUGUGCUGCAAGUUAUAAAUAACGGGGAAGAGCAAUACACAUUUGCCGGCAGGAGGCUGACUGAUACUUUCCCUACUCUGUAUUGGACUCCCUGUGCAACUUGUUGCAUAGAUUUGAUACUUGAGGAUUUCGGCAAUCUUGAGUGGAUAAAUGUGGUAAUUGAACAGGCUAGAUCUAUUUCGAAAUUUGUAUACAAUCAUAGCUUGAUUCUGAAUAUGGUGAGAAGGUAUACUUUUGGCAAUGAUAUCAUAGAACGGGGAGUCACUCACUCUGCUACAAACUUUGCCGCAUUGAAACGAAUGGUUGAUCUUAAACACAAUUUACAGGCAAUGGUAACUUCACAGGAGUGGAUGGACUGCCCACAUUCAAAGAAAACUGAGGGCUUAGCAAUGUUAGAUUUUCUAACUAGUCAGUCAUUUUGGUCCUCGUGCAUUCUGAUAGUCCGUUUAACAUAUCCUCUCUUGCGACUUCUGAGAAUAGUUAAUAGUGAGAAGAGACCUGCCAUGGGAUAUGUUUAUGCAGGAAUGUAUCGUGCAAAAGAAACAAUUAAGAAAGAACUUCUUAAAAGAGAGGAUUAUAUGGUCUACUGGAAUAUUAUAGAUCACAGGUGGGAACAACAUCGGCAGCUUCCUCUUCAUGCUGCAGGCUUCUACCUUAACCCAGAGUUCUUUUAUAGUGUUGAAGGGGACAUGCACAAUGAGAUUCUGUCAGGGAUGUUUGAUUGCAUAGAAAGAUUGGUUCCAGAUACGAAAGUUCAAGAUAAAAUAAUCAAGGAGAUAAACUCAUACAAGAAUGCUAUUGGAGAUUUUGGGAGGAAGAUGGCAAUUAGAGCUAGAGACUCUCUACUUCCGGCUGAGUGGUGGUCAACUUAUGGAGGUGGUUGCCCGAACUUGGCACGUCUUGCCAUUCGUAUUCUCAGUCAAACUUGCAGUUCAAUUAGUGGUAAGCAGAAUGGUAUUCCUGUCGAACAAAUAUAUGACACAAGGAACUACCUAGAGCGUCAACGCCUUAGCGACCUUGUCUUUGUUCGUCACAACUUGCGACUUGGACAAAUGGUUGGUAUGAGCAAAGAACACGAUUAUAUUGACCCCAUAUCAUUCGACUGCAUUGAUGUUGUUGAAGACUGGACCACGGGAAAGGACAUCAGUGUGGAUGACUAUGGGAGCAUGGAUUGGACGUCAGUUGAUCCACCUUCCAGCAGCACAACACUUUUAGGGUCUUCAAAUGAUGAAGCUGAAGACUUGGGUGCAGGGUUCGAUGACCAUGAGAUUUUUAACAGAGACAAAGAAGUCGAGGAAAAUAAUGAUGACAUUAUGGUGCACCAUUAGAAUAGGAUACAACAAACUCCAUUUUUAUCCAGAGAGUCCAUGUUGAUAACUUGUUACCUCCUGCAGGAUGAUCAAGCACAGAAGAUUAUGCAAGUAAAUGUGCAUGUUUAUUAUGCCUCCAAGCACAAGUAGGUAGUCAUCAUGUUAGAGAUAGAGCAAUGUUGCUGAUAACUAGAAGCAUGUAGUUGUAUAGUUUAAGAUGCUUUUGUACAUCUCAUCUCUUCCGGAGUUGAAUUUCAAAAUUGUUAAAGCUUUUUAAACACAGUGCGAAGCUGUAUAUGUACUGAAGAUAUAGAUACCUUGUGAAGUAAUGUGAUUUUUCUUCUUUCUUUUGCAUGGAGCAUUGCUGGUGAUAUCUGAAAAAUUCAUAUUUUAUUACUUCCAUACCAACUUUAUGAAGUCGGGCAUGAAGCAAUCCUACUGGUCAUCUCUCUCUCUAUCUAGGACCAUAACUAUGAAAGGUCAUCACAUUUUUAUCACAAUCUUGACCCCUGUUCUUUUCAGCUUGCCCUUUCAUUGCAGUGAUCACAUCUCCUGGAUGGUAUCAUCUUUAUUCUCCAUUAUACAUGAGCAAACUGUUCGUAGCUGCUGGUUAUAUUGACUGUACAUAUAGCUUAAAUUGAUUUUCUGUUUUAAUAUUCUGCACUUGGUUUUGGUAAUAUCCAGUGUUUGGUGCACUGAUGCAGUUACAUUUGCUUUCGUUAGGUUUUGAGGUGGAAACAUUAGCAAAGAAAGGAAACAUUAUGACUUUUUUUUUUUUUUUUUCAUUUUUCUUUUCAAUAUUGAAUUGCUCUUAGGCUGUGAGGUUCUUUUAGAUCCGUUCGGAAGCUUUAUCAAUGCAUAAUUACAACAGAAAUAUAGCUGAGAUAUAGGACAGCCGAAGGAGAGAAUCGCACCUACAUGGUUAAUAUUAAGAAUCAGGGAAGAUGAAGCUAUGGAGAUUUUAGAGCUGAGCUUUGAAGAUCAAGUUACAGGUUGGACUUUGCAACUUGAUUAUCAAUUUUCGUUUGGUCGUCUUCUGAAGCGACUCUGAAUCAUGGUUUUCUUCCGGGACCGGAUUCUGACGUGGC